ACACACAGUUGGUUCUAACGGCAGCGCAGUGUUUUACUGUUUAUUAUGGUUAAUAACCCUCCGCGGGAACUAGAGCCUCUCUCCGGUAGAAUCAGUGUUUAUUGUGGAUAAAGAGCAGCGCUGCCAUUGUUCUCUGCUGCUCUGCGGGGCUGUGCGGGGCUCGGCUUGGUGUUGUGAGUCGGUUGUUCUCCAGUGACAUGUUGGUAGAACCCCGCAGUGAUUACAUCACACAGGCUAGGCUAGCUGCUAGCUGCUCACGGUGUGAUUAGUUGAGACGCACCGGCUCCAUCAACGUCCCGGUGCUUGUUCGGACUGAAGACCCUCCGUUAGACUCUCCCGGCACCGACACAGCUCACACCGCAGGGACACACCGUCGAGGCGUCCGCUGACCAACCUGAAGAUGAUUAAGCUCUUUUCCCUGAAGCAGCAGAAGAAAGACGAGGAAUCUGCUGGAGGAAACAGGACGGGAGCCGGGGGGAAGAAAGCCAGCGCGGCCCAGCUCCGGAUACAGAAAGACAUCAAUGAGUUGAACCUGCCAAAGACGUGUGAGAUCAACUUCCCUGAUGAUGAUGACCUCCUCAACUUCAGACUCAUCAUCUCACCAGACGAGGGUUUUUACAAAGGAGGAAAGUUUGUGUUCAGCUUUAAGGUAGGACAGGGUUAUCCCCACGACCCCCCCAAGGUGAAGUGUGAGACGAUGGUGUAUCACCCGAACAUAGACCUGGAGGGGAACGUCUGCCUAAACAUCUUAAGAGAGGACUGGAAGCCUGUGCUGACAAUAAACUCCAUCAUCUACGGUCUACAGUAUCUAUUUCUAGAGCCAAACCCUGAAGACCCGUUGAACAAAGAGGCAGCAGAAGUCCUGCAGACAAACCGGCGUGUGUUUGAGCAGAACGUCCACCGUUCUCUCCGGGGCGGAUACGUGGGCGCCACCUACUUCGAGAGGUGUCUCAAAUAACUCGGCGUCCCAUGAUCCCCCCUCCCUCCCCCCUCCCUCCCCCCUUCCUUUUGCUCCUUGGUCCUGCUCGUGAACAGAACCAGGAUCUGCGGCGACAGAAAGCAGCACGCCAGAAGACGCUUUUCUGUUUUAAACAAAAGAAGACCCACCCCCCCCACCCCCCCUCCCUCCCCCAUAUUUCUCUAUUUUACUUCCAAGACGCAACAUUCAACCGUUUACACGCCACACGGGACGCCGACACGCAUACCAGAACUGGACUUUAAAAGAUGGCCGACAGCAAGCGGCGGCCGAGAGUGAUGAUGGGGGGGUGGGGGGGGGUGGGCGAGUCGCUCGCCACAACGCUGAUGCUGAUGAUGAUGAUUACGACGACGAUGAUAAUGAAAAUGAUACCCACAUGAUUUUCUUUUACUUUUUUAUUUUGUGUGUGUGGCGUCAGACGGGCGCUCAGAAGGACACGCCCCCUCCACCUCGCCGCCGUUUCUUCAUUUCUCACAUGGCAACAAACUCCAAACUCACAGACGCUCCAAGCAGACACACGACCGCCACAGCACGCCGGGUGAGGGGCCUGACAGAGUGGGAGGGGCCUGGCAGACAAGGAGGGGCCUAACAGAGUGGGAGGAGCCUGACAGAGAAGGAGGGGUCUCGCAGAGUACGAGGAGCCUGACAGAGUGGGAGGGGCCUGACAGGGUGGGAGGGGCUUUGAGUCUCAGGAAGCGCCUUAAAAAGUCCCCUCAGAUAAAGUUCCUUUCAGGAAAAACGCCACAGCUGCAGAGAUGAUGAUGUCAGAGUGAGGGGGAGUGGCCAGCCACAGUGGGAGGGGCAUGUGAGCUGCAGUGAGAGGGGCUUGCUCGCAUCACGAUUAGACACGCCUUAAAAAGUCUGUCUGCUGUGACUCAACAGCUGGUGAUGUCAUCGCUCCUGAUCAGAGUGGGAGGGGCUUGCUGGGAGGGGCGGGCAUUAGGAGCCACAGGGGAAGCAGGUGCGCCUUAACGAUCGAGUGACUCUACGGCUGGUGAUGUCAUGGUGUCCCUGGAGGGGCGGGGCUUAUGAUUCCAAUAGGAGCAGCCUGAAGCUGGUCACAUGAUGUGUGACGGCCAGUCAAAGCGUGACGAGUCAGUUUGGAGUUUGCUGCUAAUCACACACACACAUAAACACACACACACUUAGCACCAAGGGCGCAGCAUCGUGUGAGGUGGGCGGGGCUACUGGCGGGGGGUAGUGUUUGUUUAAAGGGGCGGGGUGUAUGGGGAGGAGCGGGGCUUUUGGUUUUCCUUUUAGGGGUCGUUGUGGGUGGGGUCAGGGGUGGGGCUUAAACGUUAGGAUUUAUUGUGUAUAUUGAUCCCCGGCUGUUCACAUUGACUGCAAUAUGAUUUAUGUUAAAUAAAAUAUGAACUUGAAUGAUU